AUGGAAGAAGAAGCCCCGGAGGAGCUGAUCAGCCCCAGGAUCUCCUUCUCACACGACGUAGUCGUAGUCGCGACACCACCGCCUGCAGCCGCCCUCGCUGGCCGGCGGUCGGACGCGUCGCUGCUCGUGUCACGCUCACGCCUCCUGGUCCCGGAGCCGGAGUUCGACUUCGCCAACGCCGUCGCGGCCGCCGCCGCCGACGUCGCCCCGGCCGACCGCCUCUUCGCCGGCGGCAAGCUGCUGCCAAUGCCGCCGCUGCCGCCCGCUCCGAAGCCCAGCCCGUGCACAAAGCCACAGGCUUGCAGCAGCCGUGUCAAGGCGCAGCAGGCGUGCCAGCAGCAGAUCAGGCGGCCGGGUUCGUCGUGGGCGUCCCCGUUCUCACGCAGCAGCAGCGUCAACUCCGCCACGACGACGACAAUAACCACGGGCGCGCCGCGGUCCGCGGGGAGGUUCGGCUGCCCGCCGUUCCCGCUUAUGCGCAGCUGGUCAGUCGGCUCCGCGGCGCGGGAUGGUGCCGCCGUCUUGGGUGGUGGCGCGGUCUUGGACGCCGCCGCCGGCCACCGGCCUCAUCAUCAGUACUACAAGAAAUUGGGCGGCGCAGCGGCAUCUGCUGGUAACGGUGGUGGUUCAAGAACUUACUACUAUGGAGGUAGCAGAAAAGGCGGCAGCGGUAGUGGUAGCUAUGGUGUUAGGGUUCCGCCGGUGCUUAACGUGUCGUUCAUCGGCACGAGUGUGUCCAACGUGCUCAGCUAUUUGCUUUGUGACUGUAGCCACAGGACCAAGAAGAGUAGGGAGUUCUAG